AUGUUCACUCCAUUGAAACGGAGAGACACCAAGGAUGGUUUCUUCGUUCAGUGGGUCGAGUGCAGCGUGGUGCUCAUUGUUCAUUUUGCUUUUUUAUUAACAUCAUCAGAGACUUCACGCUUUGAAUGGAUCGCUUUGCCAUUUGGAGGACUACUGUAUGCGACUGGAAACGUGUUCUCUGUUCCGAUAGUGAACGGUCUUGGUAUGGGUAUUGGAUUUCUUAUAUGGGGGACGAUGCAGGUAAGAGUUGUUUGGUCAGUUGCACGUUUUGGGCUGUUUGGUUUGCUAGCCCCCACAGAAAUGAAACAUAACUUGCUCAAUUAUAUUGGCUUGGCCAUAACUCUUGUCAGUGGCGUUCUCUUCAUUUUUGUGAAGCAUGCCGAAGACGAAAAGAGGGAGAGUGCAUCAACUCCAAACGAACAUACAGAAUUGAAAGCAAAAAGAGCCAACUCCGCUAAAACUACGUCAUCGAAAACAUCCGUCAGUAAUGAAGAGCACAACUCGUCAUCGAACGAGGUCGCAGCUCCGGGAGCAGAUAGCGUCAAGGACGUUUCUCAUCCUACAUCCAUGGAAGAUAUUGACUGA